AUGCUCACAGACGGCACCGCCGCCCCUGUCGGCGACGAGGAGAUAGACUCGGUCACUCCCCGUGCUCCCCCCACUGCCGAGGCCCCUGCCGCGGCCGGGCCCGCCCCGUUGGGGCUGCGGGCCGUGCGCCUCUUCGGGGAGGCUGGGCCCGGCGGGCCAGGAGGCCCCGGAGCGCCCGACGCUGGAGAGGCCGCCCUCGACUUCAAGCUGGCGGCCGCCGUGCUGAGGAGUGGGGGCGGCGGCGGUUCCGGCAGCGAUGAGGACGAGGUGUCCGAGGUUGAGUCAUUUAUUUUGGACCAAGAAGACCUGGAUAACCCAGUGCUUAAAACAACAUCCGAGUUAUUCUUAUCAAGUGCUGCAGAAGGCACCGAUUUAAGAACUGUGGAUCCAGAAACACAAGCAAGAUUAGAAGCCUUGCUAGAAGCAGCAGGAAUUGGUAAAUUGUCCACUGCCGAUGGUAAAGCCUUCGCAGAUCCUGAGGUGCUCCGAAGACUGACUUCGUCUGUCAGCUGUGCGUUGGAUGAAGCUGCUGCUGCAUUGACACGGAUGAGAGCAGAGAACAAUCACAAUGCAGGACAAGUGGACAAUCGCAGUUUGGCAGAAGCAUGCUCCGAUGGGGAUGUGAAUGCUGUCCGGAAGCUGCUGGAUGAAGGAAGAAGUGUAAAUGAACAUACCGAAGAAGGGGAGAGUCUCCUUUGCUUGGCCUGUUCAGCUGGGUAUUAUGAAUUAGCACAAGUGCUACUAGCGAUGCAUGCAAAUGUUGAAGAUCGAGGGAAUAAAGGAGACAUAACUCCACUAAUGGCAGCUGCCAGUGGAGGCUAUGUAGACAUUGUAAAACUGCUACUUGUUCAUUGUGCCGAUGUCAAUGCCCAGUCUUCAACAGGGAACACAGCACUCACUUAUGCCUGCGCUGGGGGAUUCGUUGACAUAGUGAAAGUGCUAUUGAAAGCAGGUGCUAAUAUAGAAGAUCAUAAUGAAAAUGGACAUACCCCCUUAAUGGAAGCAGCCAGUGCAGGUCAUGUUGAAGUUGCAAGAGUACUUCUGGAAUAUGGUGCAGGAAUCAACACUCAUUCCAAUGAGUUCAAAGAAAGUGCACUUACAUUAGCAUGCUAUAAAGGCCAUUUAGAUAUGGUUCGUUUUCUGCUUGAAGCUGGAGCUGAUCAAGAACAUAAAACAGAUGAGAUGCACACAGCCCUAAUGGAGGCCUGCAUGGAUGGACAUGUGGAAGUAGCUCGUUUGCUUCUAGAUAGUGGUGCUCAAGUCAAUAUGCCUGCGGAUUCAUUUGAAUCUCCACUUACACUAGCUGCUUGUGGUGGACAUGUGGAACUAGCCGCACUACUGAUAGAAAGGGGAGCAAAUCUUGAGGAAGUUAAUGAUGAAGGUUAUACUCCACUGAUGGAAGCUGCACGUGAAGGGCAUGAGGAGAUGGUAGCACUGUUACUGGCACAGGGAGCAAAUAUAAAUGCACAGACAGAAGAAACGCAAGAAACAGCUCUUACUCUGGCAUGCUGUGGAGGAUUUUCUGAAGUAGCUGAUUUCCUUAUUAAGGCAGGAGCUGAUAUAGAACUUGGUUGCUCUACACCUUUAAUGGAAGCUGCUCAGGAGGGACACCUUGAAUUGGUGAAAUAUUUAUUGGCAGCAGGAGCGAAUGUCCAUGCUACAACAGCAACAGGAGACACAGCUUUGACCUAUGCCUGUGAAAAUGGACAUACUGAUGUUGCAGACGUAUUGCUUCAAGCUGGUGCUGAUUUAGAGCAUGAAUCUGAAGGUGGAAGGACACCGCUAAUGAAGGCUGCAAGAGCUGGUCAUUUAUGCACUGUACAGUUUCUUAUUAGCAAAGGUGCCAAUGUUAAUAGGGCUACUGCUAAUAAUGACCACACAGUGGUGUCAUUGGCAUGUGCGGGGGGCCACCUUGCGGUUGUUGAGCUCCUCCUGGCUCAUGGUGCAGACCCUACUCAUCGACUUAAGGAUGGCUCAACGAUGCUCAUUGAAGCUGCCAAGGGUGGACAUACAAAUGUUGUUUCUUACUUACUGGAUUACCCAAACAAUGUUCUGUCAGUUCCUACUGCAGACAUGUCUCAGCUCACACCACCUUCUCAGGAUCAGUCUCAGGUUCCACGUGUACCAAUGCAUGCACUUGCCAUGGUUGUACCUCCCCAGGAACCUGAUAGAGCUCCUCAAGAGAAUUCUCCUCCACUCUUGGGAGUACAGAAAGGUACAUCCAAGCAGAAGUCAAGUUCCCUGCAGGUAGCAGAUCAGGACCUACUGCCACCUUUUCACCCAUACCAGCCUUUGGAAUGCAUAGUAGAAGAGACUGAAGGCAAGCUGAAUGAACUUGGACAAAGAAUUAGUGCUAUUGAAAAAGCACAACUUAAAUCAUUGGAAUUAAUCCAAGGUGAACCUUUGAAUAAAGAUAAGAUUGAAGAACUUAAAAAGAACAGAGAAGAACAAGUACAGAAGAAGAAGAAAAUAUUGAAGGAGCUGCAGAAGGUGGAAAGGCAGUUGCAGAUGAAAACACAGCAGCAGUUUACCAAAGAAUAUUUGGAGACCAAAGGUCAGACAGACACACCACUUCCCCUGCAGCAGCAGUGCCCACACACAGGUGUCUUCCCAGAAGUGGAAGGAGAUGAGGGUCUACCAGAGGAAAACUUUUCAGAGUUACCUCAGGUUGACACAAUCUUGUCUAAAGAUGAUGAACAACAACAGUCUUCACCACCUGCUGAACAAAUAGAGUUUGUCCCUAUCCAGGCAUUGUCAACACCGCAAUGUAAUUUUUCCAGUAACUUAGGUUAUAAUGGGACAGAUUCUCUUGACCUUCAGAAAGUAUUAGGUAAUCAGCAAAAUGUAGGACAGCAGCAGCAAAUUGCUGGGCAAGGGCUGUUAGUUCAAGAACCAGACGGAUUAAUGGUUGCCACUCCAGCACAGACGCUUACCGACACUCUUGAUGACCUAAUAGCAGCUGUGAAUAGCAGAGUGCCCACUGGCUCCACUAGUUCCUCACACACUACGGAAUCCCCUACACCCGAGCCCUGUACACAGACACCAAGCAAUGUUGGCUCUCAGUCUGUGCUCCCCAUGUAUCCUUCGGUUGAUAUUGAUGCACAUACGGAGAGUAAUCACGACACUGCAUUGACCCUUGCAUGUGCAGGAGGUCAUGAAGAGCUUGUGUCUGUAUUGAUAGCACGAGGUGCCAAUAUUGAACACAGAGACAAGAAGGGUUUUACACCGCUUAUUCUGGCUGCAACUGCUGGACAUGUUGGUGUAGUGGAAAUUCUUUUAGACAAAGGUGGAGAUAUAGAAGCACAGUCCGAGCGCACAAAGGACACUCCACUUUCACUGGCAUGCUCUGGUGGACGCCAAGAGGUAGUUGACUUGCUGCUGGCCCGGGGAGCAAAUAAAGAGCAUAGGAACGUGUCUGACUAUACACCGCUAAGCCUUGCUGCAUCUGGGGGAUACGUCAACAUCAUUAAGAUUCUGCUUAAUGCUGGAGCAGAAAUUAAUUCAAGGACUGGGAGUAAGCUAGGCAUUUCUCCUCUGAUGUUGGCUGCUAUGAAUGGCCAUGUUCCUGCAGUGAAACUGUUGCUUGAUAUGGGUUCUGAUAUUAACGCGCAAAUUGAGACCAAUAGAAAUACAGCCCUCACCCUGGCCUGUUUCCAGGGCCGAGCAGAGGUGGUCAGUCUCCUAUUGGAUAGGAAGGCCAAUGUUGAACAUAGGGCUAAGACUGGUCUCACCCCUUUGAUGGAAGCUGCUUCUGGAGGGUAUGCAGAGGUUGGAAGAGUUCUCCUUGAUAAAGGAGCAGAUGUCAAUGCUCCACCUGUGCCUUCCUCGAGAGAUACAGCUUUAACAAUUGCAGCAGACAAAGGCCAUUACAAAUUCUGUGAGCUCCUGAUUAAUCGGGGAGCACAUAUUGAUGUUCGUAACAAGAAAGGAAACACGCCACUCUGGUUGGCAGCUAAUGGUGGUCACUUUGACGUAGUGCAGUUACUUGUGCAGGCAGGAGCUGAUGUGGAUGCAGCGGAUAACCGGAAAAUUACACCUCUUAUGUCAGCAUUUCGUAAGGGUCAUGUGAAAGUAGUUCAGUACCUAGUGAAAGAAGUUAACCAGUUUCCUUCAGACAUUGAGUGCAUGCGAUAUAUAGCAACUAUAACUGACAAGGAACUAUUGAAGAAGUGUCACCAGUGUGUGGAGACAAUUGUGAAGGCUAAAGACCAGCAAGCUGCAGAAGCAAAUAAGAACGCCAGUAUCCUGCUGAAGGAGCUUGACCUGGAAAAGUCAAGAGAAGAGAGCAGAAAACAGGCUCUUGCAGCUAAGAGAGAAAAGAGAAAGGAAAAGAGAAAGAAGAAGAAAGAGGAGCAAAAAAGAAAACAAGAGGAAGAUGAGGAAAACAAACCUAAGGAAACUUUAGAGCUGCAAGAAGAUGAUGAUGAAGAGGAGAAUGAUGAUGAAGUGGAGCAAGAAGUUCCUAUAGAGCCUCCGAGCGCAACCACUACAACCACAAUUGGAAUCUCUGCAACAUCAGCUACUUUCACAAAUGUUUUCGGGAAAAAGAGAGCCAAUGUGGUAACAACCCCUAGCACGAAUAGAAAAAAUAAGAAGAACAAAACGAAGGACACUCCUCAAAAUGUGCAGAUAAUUUUGCCAGAUCAGCAUAUAUCUCUAGCACAGCAAAAAGCAGAUAAAAAUAAAAUAAACGGAGAGCCAAGAGGUGGUGGUGCAGGUGGGAAUAGCGAUUCUGAUAACCUGGAUAGCACAGAUUGCAAUAGCGAGAGUAGCAGUGGAGGUAAAAGCCAGGAGUUGAACUUCACUAUGGAUACAAACUCUUCUGGUGAUAGGGGAUAUGCCUCAUUACUGCUCCCUUCUCAGGAAGAGAAGACAAGCACCUCGGCUUCAAAAAUACAAACAAGACUUGAAGGUGACGCUAAUCCAAAUUCAUUAUCGGCAAGUUAUAAAUCUGUGUCCCUGCCUCUGACCUCUCCAAACAUAAAGCUGAACCUCACUAGUCCAAAAAGAGGUCAGAAAAGAGAAGAAGGCUGGAAAGAAGUGGUUAGAAGGCAAGUAGGCAGAGUUUUGAAAGAUCCUCCCCCUAGCAACACUCUGCAGCCAACACCAAUUGAGCAAUUUCAGCUGCAGAGAGGAGGGCGCUGCUGUUCAGGAGCAAAAAGGUCUAAGAAAUUAUCUGUCCCAGCUUCUGUCGUAUCUAGAAUAAUGGGAAGAGGUGGGUGCAACAUCACUGCAAUUCAAGAUGUCACUGGUGCUCAUAUUGAUGUGGACAAACAAAAAGAUAAGAAUGGAGAGAGAAUGAUCACAAUAAGGGGCGGUACGGAAUCAACAAGGUAUGCAGUGCAACUUAUCAGUGCCCUUAUUCAAGAUCCCGCCAAGGAACUGGAAGACUUAAUUCCUAAAACUCAUAUAAGAACACCUGCUCCAAACACCAAAUCAAUUCAUGCAAACUUUUCAUCUGGAGUCAGUACCGCAGCUGCUUCCAACAAAAACUCCUUUCCGCUCGGAGCACCACCUCUUGUCACAUCGCAGUCAUCGACACUUUCUACUUUCCAGCCCACUAACAAAUUAAACAAGAAUGUUCCAGCAAAUGUGCGUUCUUCUUUUCCAGUGUCUCUGCCCUUAGCUUAUUCCCACCCUCAUUUUGCCUUGCUGGCUGCCCAAACUAUGCAACAGAUUCGGCACCCUCGCUUACCUAUGGCCCAGUUUGGAGGAACUUUUUCACCUUCGCCGAACACUUGGGGACCAUUCCCAGUGAGACCAGUUAAUCCUAGCAGCACAAACAGCUCUCCAAAGCAUAAUAGUUCAAGUCGUGUAGGUAACCAGAAUGGGAAUAUUUUACAGACAGAGUCUACUGGAUUAGCUACUGCUAGCUGUCCUAUUACUGUCUCUUCUGUAGUUGCUUCCACCCAACCGCUCUGUGCAACAAGUAGUCGGACUCCCUCAUCAGUCAGAAAGCAGUUGUUCGCCUGUGUUCCGAAAACAAGUGCGGUGGCAACAGCAAUCUCAACUGUGACAAGCACCUGUAGCACUCUGCCUUCUGCUUCCUCUGCACCUGCAAACAAUGGGCAAGUUCCCACAGCAUUUCUGCCCUCUAAUGUUCCACAAACACAGCAUUCUGCACUUAAAACGGACUCUUUCUCAGCUAUCUCAGCACCCAAAGAGAAGGUGUCAACACCAGACCAACCUACUGGAAACACGUGUGCACCAUCUUCGGUUGCAAGUAGUUGCAAUAUAUCUGCUAGCAGCAAUCCAGGAGUCCUAGAAACUCGCCCAUCUAGCAGCCCUGCACCUCUAAAUAACGUCCAAGAUGAGAUACUGCCAACCAGCAUGUCAGAUAUAAGUUCUUCUGUGUCCAUGCCUUUUUCCUCUAGCUCAGAACCCACUCCAUUAAGUUUAGCUUCACCCAGAUCAAUUGCUGCAGAUAAUCAGGACAACAGUAAUUUACCUCAGUUAGCUGUACCAGCACCUCGAGUUUCUCACAGAAUGCAGCCUAGAGGUUCUUUCUAUUCAGUGGUACCAAAUGCAAACCUACAUCAAGAUCAUCAGUCUAUUUUUGUUACAAAUCCAGUUCCUUUAACGCCAUCUCAAGGUCCACCUGCUGCAGUGCAGCUUUCAUCAGCCAUGAACGUUAUGAACGGUUCUCAGAUGCACAUUAACCCAGCAAACAAAUCAUUGCCUCCUACGUUUGGGCCAGCAACGCUUUUCAAUCACUUUAGUAGUCUUUUUGAUAGUAACCAGGUGCCAGCCAACCAAGGAUGGGGAGACUGUCCACUAUCCACACGAGCAGCAGCAGACCCAUCUUUCACUGUUCAGUCUACUUUUCUGAGUAACUCUGUGCUUGGACACAUAGAAAAUGUUCAUCCUGAUAACUCCAAGGCUCCUGGAUUCAGGCCACCUUCCCAGAGAGUUUCUACCAGCCCUGUAGGCUUACCCUCUCUAGAUCCAUCCAACGGCUCUUCAGCUGCCUCUUCAGCGCCUCUGACAGGUUUUUCAGCAAACAUACAACGGGUUUAUCUUCAAGGGCCAGCACCUGUUGGGACUCCCAGCUUUAACAGACAGCAUUUUUCACCACAUCCUUGGACGAGCGCUACAAAUUCAUGUGAAUCUCCUAUUCCAUCAGUUUCAUCGGGAUCAUCUUCACCCCUUUCAGCUGCUUCUGCACCUUCCAACUUGGGCCAGCCAAAAGCAGGUAGCACAAGUCAAGAUCGAAAGGUACCACCUCCUAUUGGGACGGAAAGGCUUGCUAGAAUUCGGCAGGGAGGUUCUGUCACUCCUACCCCCUUAGGAACUAACUUUACGGCUCCUGUUGGACAUAGUGGUAUCUGGUCAUUUGGAGUUAACAGUGUAUCAGAUGGGCUGUUAAUACAGCCUCAAUAUCCCACCUGGGAUGGGAUCAAGUCUCGGAAGAACAGAGAAGGCUUGUCAGGUUGGUCUCAGCCUAUAAUGGGGAAUCAUCCAAUGCAUCAACAAUUAUCAGACCCAGGCACAUUUUCCCAGCAUCAGCCAAUGGAGAGAGAUGAUUCUGGAAUCGUGGCUCCCUCAAACAUUUUCCACCAACCUAUGCCAAAUAGCUUCGUGGAUUUUUCUAAAGGUCUACCGAUUUCCAUGUAUGGAGGCGCUCUAAUACCUUCUCAUCCUCAGCUAGCUGAUGGCCCAGGAGGGCCUCUCUUUAAUGGACUUCAUACUCCAGAUCCAGCUUGGAAUCCUAUGAUAAAGGUUGUCCAAAAUUCAACAGAAUGUACUGAUGCUCAGCAGAUUUGGCCUGGCACCUGGGCACCUCACAUUGGAAAUAUGCAUCUCAAAUACGUCAACUAAUUUAAGAGGGUCUAUCCUUUUUAGCCUUGUUGGGAAAUCUAUGACCUUGGAAGAACCCUGGGGAUUUUUUUAAUGUGCCUAACUAAGCAAUUUUUUUUCUCUGGGCUGUAACAAUGAAAAUUUGAUUGCCCAUUGUGUAAGAACAAAUUGAUUUACCUAUUCAACUGAUUCUGUUCUCCAGUUAGUUUAGCCAUUUUGAACUUAAAAUCAGAUGAACCUAGUGCUUUUGGCUAAACACUACUGAAUGCUACUUGUAUGCAGCAGAGAACUAGAUGAUUACAUGAUUUCAACCUUUUACGGUGGUAAAUACAUGUAUAAUUGUUUACAUACUUAAAAGGAAAAAAGUUGAGUAAAUUUCAUGUCGUAUAGUGGCUCCACUUUAUGUAGCCUGUAUUAAUGUGAAAUAUUUACCUGAAUAUUCAAUAAAAAGAC